UGUUAUGAAAAGUUUACAUUGACUGAUUUCAAAUGCCAAUUAAAUUGCAAGAAGAGUCAAUCCAAAAUAAGUUUAACCUCUCAUUCAAUACCGAAUCAACCUGCUGACAAUCGACUUCCGUAACUUUAUCUUACCCAAAUCUCGUUCAUUAUUGAACUUAACGGCAAAGUUAUUUUAAACAUCUCGUACAUUGUACUUAGGGCCCAAGCAAACGUUAGAGUUAGAUGCUAAACCCACUAAGCGGCAAUUGGGGAUUUUGUUCGAAUUUUUGCUUUUUAUUCGAAUUUUUUGAGUAAGAGAGGAAUCAAAUCGGCAUCUGUGGAACUUGGGCGCUCUAGGAACUCAUAACUAUGUUUAGUACUUCUGGCUUCCUGUCUGGCUUCUACAACGUGGAAUUGCACCACCAUCUUGACGGAUCUAUAAGAAAGAAGACAGUUUGUGAAUUAGCCAAACAGUAUGACAUCCCUUUCGACGACCAAAAGUUCGAGGAAGCAUUGAAUGCCAGCAAUAGUCUAGUGCCUUUUCUAGAAUGCUUCCAAAUGUUCCUUCCCGUCAUCCAGGGAAACCCGGACGCGCUGGAACGACUGGCCUAUGAGUGUGUCGAAGACCAGUAUAACAAUCGAGUGGCAUUUUUCGAAACUAGAGUGGCUCCUUUUUUCUUACUCAGGAAUAGUGGUGGUGAUCUUGACUUCGACUGCAUACAAACAUGCUGUGUGCACGAUGUAGUGGAUGCGAUCUUAAUGGGACUCGAACGCGGUGAAAAAGACUUCGGCGUCAAAUCUACUUUGAUAUUCUGUAACCUGAGAGGCCAGACUCAAUGGCUCCAGCCCCUAACAAAGUUGAUCAGACAUUACAAAAGCAACCCGAAGAUUGUAGGAAUUGACAUGGCAGGAAAUGAGAAUCUGGCGUGGUCGACUGAAGAGUUAGAACUCACAAAGGAAUGGUAUCGAGUUGCGAGAAGUCUAGGCUAUGGAUGUACUUUCCACGCAGGCGAACAGGGCAUGGUACAGAAUAUAGAACGGGCUCUGGACGAAAUCAAGAGUCACAGAAUUGGGCAUGGGUAUGCUCUGUUCAAAGAUGAGAAUCUCUUAGCACGCUGCAAGGCUGAACGGGUUCCUUUUGAGUACUGUCCUAUUUCGGCCAAGACACUUAGUAGCCUGGGAACUAGUUUCGAUGACCCGAACAACCCGAUUCUCCUGGGCAAGAAACACGAAGUGAAUUUCUCAAUCAGUUGUGAUGACUCUCUUUUCUUCGGGAAUUUACUUCCUAGUAUCAAAAUAUGUCGGGAUGUUCUCGGAUUUUCAGAAGAGUAUUUGUUCACAAUCCGUGAAAAUGCAGCUCGAGCCACAUUUUUGCCAGAAGAAGAAAAGGCCAAAUUAAUCAAUCAUAUUACAUUGAGAAUGUAGACUUAGUUUAAAACUUCGUUUAUCAAAAAUUUUAUACUAAUUGGAAAAUUUGUAAAAUCACUUGGGUUUGAAUUUUGCUCAACGGUUUUACUGUUUUCAUUGCUUUCUAUUUUCAUAUUAUCAAUAUCAAACUUCAUGAAUAGUAGAA